CAGAAAUUCUGUAAAAAUGGGUUGCGUGUAUUUCAAAAUGGCUUUGCUUUUCUUUGCUUUUUUUGGUGGUUUCCUCGGCUGCACCGAUGGACAGACAGUUAUUACAAACACGAGUCUAGGGCAGAUCAUGGGUGAGAAAAUCUCUAGCUUUGGUUUCCCUCCACUAACCCGUUACAAUGGAAUACCUUACGCUGAACCACCGAUUGGGCCACUGCGCUUUGCCAAGCCGGUUCCUAAAGCUGCCUGGGACGGGAUUCUCAACGCUACGAUGUUUGGACCAAGUUGUCCACAGUUCUUUGUCACUUUUAGUGCAGCAUUUGACCAGUUUCUCCCCAAUAGAGAUAUUGACGAGGAUUGCUUGACUUUAAACAUGUAUAUACCUGAUAAUGAUAUGGACAUCAUGGGGCCACUCCCAGUUAUGGUGUUCAUCCAUGGUGGCGGCUUCGUAAACGGACAAGGAUCGCUGUAUGACGGUACCAUCUUAGCUCUACAAGGGAAGGUUAUUGUAGUCACCAUCAACUACAGACUUGGACUCUUUGGAUUCCUCAGUACAGGAGACGAUUCAGCCCCUGGUAAUUACGGACUUUGGGAUCAAAGACUCGCCAUUCAGUGGGUGAAAAAUAACAUCGCAAACUUUGGUGGUGAUCCAAACAAGAUUACUAUAUUUGGUGAAUCUGCUGGAGGUUGGAGUGUAACCUACCAAAUGGCUUCACCUCUGAAUGACCGGACUCUGUUCCAGCGCGUUAUUGCUCAAAGUGGAGCAGCCUUUCCUGGUAUAAUAACACCAACAGAUGUUGCUAGGUAUCAAGCAUGGAAUCUAGGUGAAGUGCUUGGUUGUAACCUUCCUUAUGGAAGUACUACCCAAGACUUAAUCAACUGUCUGAGGGAGUUUGACAUGCAGACUCUGCAAAAUAAUUCCAGCUUCAUCAUUGCGGGUGCUGUUAUAGACGGAGACUUCUUACCAAACAUCAACUACCUGACGUCUCUAUCACAAGUAGGACAAUAUGAUCUUCUGAUGGGCGUGAAUAGCCAGGACGGAACUGUAAUUUCACUUCGUCAGAGAAGUCUAACAACCGAGGAACUCAAAGCAGCCAUUCUGCUAAUAACAACGUACACGUGUGCAUGUAGCAACCCAGAAGACAUCACAAAUGCACUUCUGACGUUUUAUUACGGAGCAGACAAGUUGGACGACCCAAGACAGAAUGUUCUGAAAGCUAUUGAUGUUGGUGGGGAUCUGUAUUUUGAUAUACCAAGUGUCAAUUUUCUCCACCGUCACGUUGAAUCCGCUGAGAAUACCAAUACGUACUUUUAUUAUUUCACAUACGAUGUUGGAAAGGAGCUUCUAAUUUCACCAGAAUUCAUUGAUCUGAUCUCGGGUGCACCCCAUGGUCUUGACAUACUCUACGUCUUUGGGUAUGCACAAGUCCUUCUUACAUCGAGCUCAGAGGCGGUGAUGCUGGCACAACAGUCAGUACAAUACUGGGCGGACUUUGCUCAUAAUGGAGAUCCAAAUGGGGCCGGUCUACCUGAGUGGCCGAAGUUUGACGCUGCGAACGAGACUUAUCUCAUUCUAGAACCAAACAUCACAACUGGGCAACACCUCAAGGCAGAUAAAGUGGCCUUUUGGAGAGACUACGUCCCUACAAUAGCAGAAUCAAUCUAUUCAGAGACCUGUUCGACUGAAGUCCCGGUUAGAGGAGGAAACUCCAAAACAUCCGUCAAUAAAACUGUAGUGAUUACAAGUAAAGAUGGUGAUGUAUUAGGGUCCGUUAUUGGUGCCAUUCGGAUCGCAGACGAGGCUGUGGGCGGUAAAGAGGUAGUCAAGUUUCUAGGAAUACCGUAUGCGAAACCCCCGAUUGGGGAUUUACGAUACCGGGCUCCGCAAGACACUGGACCAUGGGGAGAUGAACCACUUGGAAUCCCUGAUAAACUACCCCUUGCCUGCCCUCAAGACAUCCCACAAGAUCCCUGGAUGGUUCGCGCUGGAUUGACGGAAGUCAGUGAAGACUGUCUAACUCUCAACAUCUACGCUCCACUAGUUGCCAACAACUCUUCCUUACCAGUCGUCAUUUUCAUCCAUCCUGGAGGAGGAACUGUCGGUGCGUCAUCUGUUUAUGAUGCUGUACCUCUGUCAUCUAACAUAGAAGCUGUCGUAGUUGUCAUCAACCAUCGUCUUGGAGCAUUGGGAUUCUUGAGUACUGAAGAUGAAGAAGCUCCUGGUAACUAUGGAUUGCAUGACGCGUUGGCUUCUCUCAAAUGGGUCAGCAAAUAUAUAGGCAGUUUCGGAGGUGAUUCUCACCACAUCACUGUGAUUGGUCAUGGAUCUGGGUCAGUUAUUGCACACUUACUCGUCAUGUCAGAGAAGGCACAAGGGCUGUUUCAGCAAGCUGUACUAAUGAGCGCCUCUGGUCUCGUGCGUCCUCUUUCGAAUCCUGUCCAACCGAGUCCAAUCGAGCAAGCUAGAAUCCUUGCCAGAAGUGUGGACUGUCCAAUCGAUAGCAAUGAGGUAAUGAUCAAAUGCCUGCGUGAGAAACCUGCUCUGGAUGUUGCAGGGAGCAGCAGGUACUCCCCAUUUGAAAUCCCAUUCCGACCAAUAAUCGACGGUAAUAUUCUGACUGAUGAUCCAAGGGCAUUGUUGAAAUCAGGAACAAUCAACAAUGUAGAUUUGAUCAUCGGAAUGACCCAGGAUGAAGUUUCUGCAAUUUCAUUCCCACUCUUUUUCAGCAACGUAAGUUUCUGUCCAACUCAAGAGGAAGCUGAAGGCAUCAUUGCAGUCGUUAGUCGAGCUUCUUUCAAUAAUCCUGAGAAGGCUGCCUUAGCGUUUACCACGGAGUAUCUUAGCCGGAAAGGAAUGGAGGACGAGUGUCUUACAAGAGGUAGUGUCAGGCAGUUUAUGCAAGAUAUGUUGACUGUGUCACCCACAUUGGAAGCAGCUGAGCUUCAUGCUGCUAUGGGUAAUGACGUAUUUCUUUAUUCUUUCGAUCACGAACCAAGCUCUCACUAUUACAGCUUCCUUCCCCCACAAGCAGGACCUGCUUUUGGUGAUGAUCUUCAGUUCCUGUUUGGAGAUCCUUACAGCUCCCACGUUGAUGAAUACAAGCUCACCUACCGACUCCAGGAUAAGCAGAUGACCUUAGAGAUGAUGACCUUGUGGAAGAACUUCAUUCACGAUGGGAAACCAGGCGUGUCUCGUUCUGGAGUUGAGUGGCCACGAUUCAACAGAGAGGACCUCGCCUUUAUGUCUCUGAAAGACUGUCCCGAAGUUCAAUCUGGUCAGGAUUACGAUUGGCCCCACCUUGUGCAGUUCUGGUCCAACCUGCUUCCAUCUGUCACAAUGUUGUCACCCUCAGCCAAGGCAACCGAGACUCAACCAACCGAUUCCCCAGACACCACCAAGCCAACCACGGAGCCAUGUCUUGUAGGAAAUGCUCUUGGGUUAAACUUAACCCCAGAAGAUGCCACUGCUCUUAUCCAAGUACUCAUAGGGUUGGUUGUAGUGGCUUUGAUCUUGAAUGUCUUAUUAUUAAUUGGUUGUUUGGUGUACAGGGUACGUGCUGCCCGUUCUGAAUGUAGAGAGGAUGACGAAGGGACUGGGGUUAGGUUAAAUUUCUUUGAACAACCUGAUAAAGAUUUUCUUUGAACAAACUAUACAUACACCAAAAAAACGCUAAGUAUGCAUCGGGGAAAAGGAAUAGUACUUGUUUUGUUUACACCAAUGUGUAUGAGAGGGUUCGGGUACCUUUUCACAUUGUGAGUUGUGUUACAAAAAGUACCUUAACCCUUCAAGCCCUGUAUAUACUGUGUAGAAUAGAAUAAAAUAGAUUUAGCCAAUGAUUAAAGACACUGGACACAUUUGGUAAUUGUCAAAGACCAGUCUUCUCACUUAGUGUAU